CGAACACCUGAACUUGUAACAUGUAUAGAAAUUUGAUCUAUAUCUGCAGGUGUCGUUCAGGUAUUAUGAAACUUCACGAUGGCUUCACAGAUUGGUGAGGGGAAAAAUGAAUCGUUAAAAAAAAAAAAAACCAAAACAGGGCCACCAGCUGAUAUACGUUAUGCUCAACGGUUGAAUUUCCCCGAGUCGUCGUCGCCGCUGUAAGGGCUCGCGAUCAGUCGGCGUCUGGGUCUUGCUUUGUUCGUACUAUAUUGUCUGUGCAGUAAAGAACGUGCCAAGUGCGAAUGGGAUUAGUAUUUUUAAAACAACCACUACUACGCCCUGAUAAUUGAAAUGCGCUGUGCAAUGGCAAAAUUUCGAUUUCCCAAAUAUCCGAGCUAUUGAUCAGAUGUUUUCAUAAUAAUAAAGUUUAUUCGUGCGUUCCGUAUCACCCCAAGUUCAGAACUUUUGUGAAACAAAAAAUUUCCGAUUCUUUCCGAGUGUCAUAGAGUUUGAAAGAUGAUAACGUGGCUGAUGUAUCUGUUGGUGACGAUUUUGUUCAUGAUUGUUCUAGUCCUAAGCUCGGACAGUCAUGACGUCAUCCGUUUUAACGUUAGGUUUAUCCUUUACUACUUGGUAUCUUCUAUAAUCGCCCUUGGAAGCAUGCCAUUCAUCCUGCUGAGGCCAAAAAAUGUGAAAAACUGCAGGGAUUUGUCGGUGCUCCUAAGACAAAUUACGAAGAUCUUAGGCAUCGAAUGGGAACUUCGCGGAGCUGAUGAAUUAAGCAUUGAACGUGGAUGUAUCAUCGUUGCCAAUCACCAGACCACACUUGACAUUCUUGGAAUGUUCAACAUCUGGGGAGUGAUGGGAAAGUGUGCCAGUGUUGCUAAGAUGGAAGUCUUUUACGCCUGGCCCUUUGGUUUGGCAGCUUGGCUGGCCGGUGUUGUAUUUAUUGACAGACGUAAUUCGAGCAAAGCAGUAACUACUCUCAAUGCAACUAGUUUACUUGUGAAGCAUGAGAAGACCAAAAUGUGGAUAUUUCCAGAAGGAACUCGAAACAAGACUGUUCUAAAGACUGGCAUGUUACCGUUCAAAAAGGGCGCUUUCAGGAUUGCUAUAGAAAAUCAAGUGCCAAUACUUCCCGUGGUGUUUUCACCGUAUUAUUUCAUAAAUGAGAAAACUCGAUACUUCGGCAGAGGUAAAGUGAUAAUACAUACUUUGAAACCGAUUUUCACGGAUGGACUCGAAUUGAAGGAUGUCGACGACUUGAUCAUUAGGACACGUGCUGUAAUGCUGGACGCUUUCGAAGCCCUGACCAAAGAGGUCCUCUCCCCGUUGCCACCGGAUUAUCCUGGACAAGUGCUAUAAGUUGAAUUAAUUAUGCUUCUUUGAAAAAGAGAGUAAGAUCUAGAUUCAAGAAAUAUUUUAUAGAGGGCAAUUUUUUGUGGAUCGAAUCAAAACACUUAUUCAGUAUCAACGAAUGACAACGGCCGAUAUUAUCGUUCUUCAAAUGGAGAUAUUAGAAUUCGGUGCCAGCGUUAGAAAAUUAAUUGUAAAAUGGGCUAUUGCUCAAUGAUCACGGAUUUUUUACAAUCAAAAGUACUUUUUGACUGCUUUUGAUACUGUACAAAAAAAAUCCAGCUUACUCCACAAUUAGCCGGUAAAUGAGCAUUUGCGAUAAUGAGAAAUUAUUUUAAUAGACGAGAAUCUAGUUCGAAAUUGACGAAUUGUAAUUAUUGUUGACUUAAUUCAAUAUUCGACCUAGUUGUAGAUAAAUACUUCAGGCUUAAGAUGAAUAGGUGCAAUUUUUAUACAACACUAGGAAAUAUUGUCAGCAGCUGAUUGCUGUUUUUAACGUGUACGUAACAUGGUAUGAAUAAAAUCUGUAUUCGAAUCGAAUACUAGAAAUUAAA